AUGGCAACACCUGCGACCUCGCCUCCUUCCCACACCGUCUCCACUAUCUCCAUCAACCCCUUACUGCUGAACACGGUCAAUGUGUCACCCCUCCCCCUUCUGGCUCUCCUCUACAGCAAGCCCAAAAACGCUCGUGUGAAGCGUGCGCUCGACGAGCGCGAGCCCAAGCUCGUCGAGAACGAGAAGACGUGUAUCUUCGUUAGCGGCAACAAGACCUCGGAGCGUAUCCGCGAUGCCAUGAAGGACAUGAACUCGAUGAAGCGCCCGUACGCGAUCAACUUUUCGAAGAAGAACGACAUCCACCCCUUUGACGACGCCUCGUCGCUCGAGUUCUUCUCGGGCAAGAACGACGCUUCGCUGUUUGUGACCGGUCUCCACUCGAAGAAGCGCCCCCACGACCUGGUCCUCACGCGCAUGUUUGACGGUCGCGUGCUUGACCAGAUCGAGCUCGGCAUCGACAGCUACAGGAGCAUGGCCGAGGUGGACACGCCCAAGGCGUCUGUGGGCACGCGCCCGCUCAUGGUCUUCCACUCGGACCUGUUUGACACGCACCCGACGUUCACCCACCUCAAGUCGUACCUCUUGGACUUUUACAACGGCCACCACGAGACUGCCAUCCCGCUCGCGUCGGUCGAGCACGUCAUCAGCGUCACUGCCGGCCCGGUCGAGGGCUCGCUCGAGGAGGGUGCCGCCCUCCCCAAGGUCCACGUGCGCGUGUACACCAUCAAGCUCCUCGCGUCGGGCUCCAAGGUGCCCCGCGUGCAGCUGACCGAGAUGGGCCCCUCGAUGGACCUGACGAUCCGCCGUGUCGCCGAGGCCGACUCGGAGACCAUGAAGGCCGCCAUGAAGAGGCCAAGGAUCUCGCAGAAGGACCUCGACAGCGGUCUUGGCAAGAAGCGCAAGAACAUCGAGACCGACGACAUGGGCGACAAGGUCGGCCGUAUCCACGUCGGCAAGCAGGACCUGUCCAAGCUCCAGAGCCGCAAGAUGAAGAGUCUCAAGAUUGGCCGCAAGGAGCGCAAGGCUGCCGAGGCCGACGCCGACGCCGACGCCGCCGGCAACGACAGCGGCAUGGACGAGGACUAG